CCCACAAGGAGCCCCCAGCACCGCCCGGGAAGGGAACAAUCCAGGACCAGUGACCUGUGAAACUUGCAUGUAAAGUCUGAACCAGCCUCACACGGAAUCAAAGCCAUCACCAUGGACUUCGUUAUGAAGCAAGCUCUGGGAGGGGCCACCAAGGACAUGGGGAAGAUGCUUGGUGGAGAUGAAGAGAAAGACCCUGAUGCAGCCAAGAAAGAGGAAGAACGCCAGGAAGCCCUUCGGCAGGAAGAGGAGGAGAGGAAAGCCAAGUAUGCCAAGAUGGAGGCCGAGCGGGAGGUCAUGAGACAAGGGAUCCGUGAUAAGUAUGGAAUCAAGAAGAAGGAGGAACGUGAAGCAGAGGCCCAGGCCGCCAUGGAAGCCAACACUGAAGGCAGCCUUACACGUCCUAAGAAGGCCAUUCCACCAGGCUGGGUGAUGAAGAAGAGGAGGAAGAAGGAGAGUAUCCUGGACACCGUCAUCAAAUACCUCCCUGGGCCUCUCCAGGAUAUGUUCAAGAAGUAAUUCCCCAUGAACUCUCAGGACUGUUUCUACUAUGAACAGCAAAGCAUGCCGUUCCCGCCACUUGGUGGGAGCUCUCAAUCUCCGCCACCCACCAUGCACCCCUCUGCUCACGUCCAUCUCCCCUGGCUGUCCUAGGCCCUUGGCCAGGCCUAUUUGUACAUAGCCCCUCUCCCCACUCUCCCCAGUAGAUGCCUCCCAUCCAUCAGAUGUCAGGAGCAGAGUGCCGCAGUCUACUCGACUUUAAUUAUAAGCCAUAGUCUAGGUGUGUUAGGAAACUCAGCUAAUCAGGCACCUCUACACUCGACAGAGAAAAGGGGAGAUCUCCCAGUGGCUUCUGGCCCCAAAUUGGCAGCACCACAGUCCCGGAGAGCAAGCAGAGGCUGCUUUUAAAUUAUCCAUGGGAUAUUUGCCAUGACCACCUAUGGGCCAACCAACUGGCCUUGGUACAUGGGCUUCCCCACUCCUGUAGGUGUCUUCACCAUAGCUGCCCUCUCCCAGGGAAAGGGGAAUUUGUCUCUCUCUGCAGGGACUCUUUGGAAAGGCAAUCAUUUGAAAUGCAAAUUUCCCAUAGGAGGCCAAGCC